UCCAAAGUUAAUUCAAGGUUGGCUUAUUAUAAAGGCAUUGCAAUAAUAAAGAAUUGAGGAAAUGGUGCAUUUUAAAGACUUUGCCAUUUCAGGAGAAAAAUAUUUCUGGUUUCAGCUUGAUGCUUCCUUUGUUAGGGGAGGAGCUCUAUGGAGUUGAGAAGGAGGAGGAUCCUCAUGACUAAUUUGCUAAAUGCUCACCGACAAACGCACUUUAGAAACUCAUCUGGGAAACGGAUAAUUUCAGUUCACUGGUUAUUUGGAGGAUGUACAGCAACAGCAUGUUUCCUCUAGCGUUCGCUUUGCUGGUCUUGUCUUUAAGUCAAAGCUCGGCACACUCAGAAAAUGGCUCCUUGUUGCUCCCUCGGACUUUAUCGGGCCGCUUUGUCCUGGUGACCGACGAACCCAUUGACCUGUCUGCUUUGAGCGAUGAUGAUGACGAUAACGGCUCAGGUUCUGAGACGGACCAGAAACUGUUUAAGAAACACGACCAGCACGAUCGCUUGCAAAGGCGCCUCGUCGUGUCUGAGGAAGCCAAAGAGUUCCUCCAGGGUCACCUCGCGACGGCGUUCAUCCCCACCGUUUACGUCCUGGUCUUCAUCAUUAGCGUGCCUCUCAACCUCCUGGCCGUGGUGAUGUUCGUCCACCGAAUCCGUCCCAGAAAGCCUGCGGUGAUCUACAUGCUGAAUUUGGCUUGUGCCGACCUUCUGUUUGGCCUGCUCCUCCCCUUUAAAAUUGCCUACCAUUACAAUGGCAACAACUGGAUCUACGGGUCCUUCAUGUGCAGGGCGGUGACGGCGGCUUUCCACUGCAACAUGUACUGCUCCGUGCUGCUCGUCAUGUGCAUCAGCGUGGACCGGUUCCUGGCCGUGGUUUACCCCAUGAACUCCCUGACGUGGCGGAGCCCUCAGACUGCUGCAGCCGUCUGUGGAGCCAUGUGGCUCCUCUCCCUGGGAGGAGUGUGCCCCCUCCUGACCUCAGAACAGACGCUGUAUUUAUCAGACCUUGGGAUUACCACCUGCCAUGACGUGCAGGAUGUGGAAACCCUGCAAUCCUACUAUCUCUACUUCUUCCCCAUAUACUCCUCCGUCUUCUUCUUCGUGCCUUUCGUCUUCACUACCGUCUGCUAUGUUCGAAUCGUUCAGGCUCUGGCAGCAGCCAACUUGGAGAACCGCUCCAAGAAGACGCGGGCAAUCGUGAUGACUGUGGUGGUGCUGCUGGUGUUCGUGGUCUGCUUCGCUCCCACAAACAUCAUCCUGAUGAUUCACUAUGUUCAGAUCAGCCAUGCGUCCAGUGACGGUUCCUACCAGGCGUACCUGCUCUCGGUGUGCAUAGGCAGCCUCAGCUGCUGUCUGGAUCCUCUCCUCUACUACUACGGCUCCUCUCAGUGCCAGAAGCAGGUGGCUGCAUUGCUCAGGUGCUCGCCACUGGCACCAGCAGGGAGCAGCAUGGACACGCGCAGCACGCAAACGAGUGGGUCGAGCAGCAGAUCCUGCAAGAUGGAGGGCGUGUACAGUGGCCAGUAUAACAAGCUGGUGGCUUAAGGAGCCCGUUUCUGAGAAAUAAUGCAAACUUUCACAGACGUUUUCAUAGCCUUUUUAACUUUUUAACAUUUCGUCACGUUCCAGCAGUAUUUAAUGUGUCAUUCUGGGAGUUUCGUGUAACGCAAAGUGGUGCAUAACUUGGAACUGGAAGGAAAAGGAUGUGUGGUUUCAGUAAAAUUGAUGAAGCUGUAAAGUGAAACAUGCAUUUCUUUCCAGCUUCUCAGAGCCAAAAGUCUGGAAACACAUCAAAUCUGAAAGAGAGUAUGUGUCCACUGGCUUUGUUUAUCUAGAGGCUGAAACUUUUGCCCAUUCUUCUUUGCAAACCAGCUCAAGCUCAAAAAAAAAAA